AUGAACACUGCAUCAGUGUGUAAGCGGAGCCGGCGGGGUCCAGUAAUCGAGGCAGACGGCAUGCUGAAGAUGUUCCACUGUCCGUAUGAAGGCUGCAGUCAGGUGUAUGUGGCCAUUAGCAGUUUCCAGAAUCACGUGAACCUGGUGCACAGGAAGGGCCGGACCAAAGUCUGUCCUCAUCCAGGCUGCGGGAAGAAGUUUUAUCUGUCUAACCAUCUUCAUCGGCACAUGAUCAUACACUCAGGUGUGCGAGACUUUAUCUGUGAAACAUGUGGGAAGUCAUUUAAACGCAAGAAUCACUUAGAAGUGCACAGACGAACACACACGGGAGAGACGCCGUUACAAUGUGAGAUAUGUGGUUAUCAGUGUCGACAGAGAGCGUCACUCAACUGGCACAUGAGGAAACACACGUCUGAAGCGCACUUCAACUAUACGUGUGAACACUGUGGCAAACGCUUCGAGAAACUCGACAGCGUCAAGUUCCACAAACUCAAGAGCCAUCCAGACAAACAGCCCACCUGAAAGACGCUUGAAG